UUCUUAUCACGCGCCCUCGGCCUCACAUCCGUGUCACGCCACUAGAUGCCAUGGUGCCCCCUUGCCACCCGUACCCUAAGAACGCCUCGUCGUCUUUGGUUGUCUUGUUCGAUGAAGCCGACGUCGCGCGGUGGCACCGUGCCACGUCCGAGCCGCAUAAAAUCUGCUUGAUCUGCCUCGACGAUCAACCCAUGGCGCGCGCCCAUCAAUGUUUGCACUGCGACGCCAGCAUCUGCAACGACUGCUUUCGCCAGUAUUUGACGCACAAAAUACAAAAUGGUCAAGUCGCAUACCAGCAGCUCGUGUGCCCCGGCCAUUGCCGACGACCAAUUCUUCGGGACACGAUCCAGCAAAUCGUGUCCCCCAGUCUUUUUCAGAAAUACACUCGGUUCCUCCAAGCGAUGGAGCACCGCGAGGCGGGUCAAGGCUACUGCCCUCGGCCGCAGUGUGGCCACCCGCUCUUGUCGCCGCCGUCGCACCAAAGCAAGCGCCGCGUCCACUGUGUGAGUUGCCAGCAGUCGUCGUGCCGCGACUGCGGCGAGGCGUACCACCGAUGGCCGCAGUGCGACCGCGAGUACCGUCUCUGGUGCCGUACGCACGCGGCGCAGCGCUGCCCAUCGUGUUCGGCGACGAUUCAGAAAAACGGCGGCUGCAGCCACAUGAAGUGCACCAACUGCCAACACCACUUUUGCUGGCGCUGUCACGCUGCGUGGAAAGACCACAGCGAAGCGCUGUGGUGGCCCCUCGCGUGCGUGCGUUCCAAGCACUGGGUCUUUGGCCCGACAGCACCCGUCCGGCUCGUCACCAAGACGGUCGCGGCCACGGUAGGCGCAAGCGCGGUCGUUGCUGCGGGGGCCGUCGUCGCCGGCGUCGUCGUCGGCCUCGCUGCCGUCGUGGUGCCACCACUGGCUGUCUAUUGCGGCAUCCGCGCGCUCCGUCGCGACCCGGAACAAGGCCCCGUCAUCAACAGUCGAGAGUACCGCCGCCAGCAGCGCGCCACCCGUCGUGGUCGCCAGGGUCCUCCGCCACUCCACUAGGUCGUUUCAAGUGUCCACGUGGUUGGCGUUGGUUGUCAACGGCUCAUAUUCUGUUGUCUUCUAGUCCCAUACCAUUCUUGUCUUCACCCGUGCGUCACAAACUUCUAACGUCUUGCAGAACGACAUUGCAGGACGGAGACAAUAAUGUUUUCUCAAUGGUCUCUACGUAUGCAAAGUCUUUGUGUAACAGCGAAGAUAACGCGAAACACGUUCAUAUAUAUAUAA